AUGCGUUUUUCAAGAAAACUUCUUGGCCCGUUUGUCGGGACACUUGCUAAGAAGCUGGACUAUUACAGUCAAUUUCAACCAUCUUCGUUAACUAUUCAACAGUAUCUAGAUUUUGGUAGGAUAGGAACCGCCGCCAACUCAUAUUCAUUUCUUAAAAAUGAGCUUUUAGUCCGACUUGCGAAUAUUAUGCAGGAAUUUACGCUUCUUCCACCGAAACUUCUCCAGAUGCCAAGUUCAAAAAUGGUGUCGAACUGGUACGCGGAGAGUUUCGAAGAUUUGCUCAAGUUUGAAAAUUUGGACGCUUCCAAUGAAAACGUGUCCAUGUUCAAUGAUCAGCUGACACUUGUGCUGAAACGGCACGCACAUGUCGUUGAAACAAUGGCGGAAGGUCUCAUCGAACUCAGAGAAUCUGAUGGCGUCGAUAUUGCCAGUGAAAAAGGAAUUCAAUACUUUUUAGAUCGUUUUUAUAUCAACAGAAUAUCGAUUCGAAUGCUUCAAAAUCAACAUUUAGUUGUUUUUGGAAAUGUUCUUCCCGAAAGUCCAAGACAUGUCGGAUGUAUUGAUCCGGCUUGUAAUGUCGAAAGCGUAGUCUAUGAUGCCUUUGAGAAUGCUAGAUUUCUUUGUGAUCGUUAUUAUUUAACCAGCCCUUCGAUGAAAUUGGAAAUGCACAAUGCAGUUGAGAAAGGGAAACCAAUUUCAAUAGUUGCGGUUCCCAGUCAUUUGUAUCACAUGAUGUUCGAGCUUUUCAAGAAUGCGAUGAGAGCAACUGUUGAAUUUCAUGGUGUUGACGAUGAUCUUCCGGAUAUCAAAGUGUAUGUUGUGAAAGGACACGAAGAUCUUUCUAUCAAGAUUUGCGAUCGUGGCGGCGGCGUUUCUCGCACAAUUCUCGAACGUCUCUACAAUUAUAUGUACUCGACCGCUCCUCCGCCGCCAAGAGAUGGAACGCAAGCGCCAUUGGCCGGUUAUGGAUAUGGGCUUCCAUUGUCCCGCUUGUAUGCCCGGUAUUUCCUUGGAGAUUUGUUCUUGGUCUCAAUGGAAGGGCAUGGAACAGACGCUUGUAUUUAUUUAAAGGCAGUUCCCGUUGAGGCUAGUGAAGUGUUACCGAUAUACAGUACAUCGUCCCGCAGGAAUCUAACAAUGGGCCCUCAGGUUGCUGAUUGGUCCCAUCAUGUACCAGGCCAAGGAAAUCGACCUGCGCAAACAUAA